AAUGGGGCAACAGAAUACAACAUCACUGCCUGGGUUCAUCUUGAUGGGAAUCACACAGCGCACUGAGCUUCAGCUUCCUUUGUUUGGGGCCUUCUUCAUCAUCUAUGCAGUCACAGUCGUGGGUAACCUGGGCAUGAUCAUUUUGACUAAGCUGGACUCUCACCUAGAAACCCCUAUGUACUUUUUCAUCAGACAUCUGGCUUUUAUUGAUCUUGGAAAUUCCACUGUCAUCUGUCCCAAGAUGCUGGUGGAUUUUGUUAUGAAUGACAAAACCAUUUCUUUCUGUGAAUGUGCCACCCAGUUGUCUUUCUUCCUUAUGUUUAUUAUCACUGAAUUUUUUAUCUUGUCUGCAAUGGCCUAUGACCGCUAUGUGGCCAUCUGCAACCCUCUGCUCUACAGUGUGAUCAUGUCUCAGAGACUUUGCCAUGUGCUUGUGGGCAUCCCAUACCUCUACAGUACCUUCCAGGCUUUGCUGGUCACCAGUAGGAUUUUCACAUCAACUUUCUGUGGCUCUAACAUCAUCAGUCAUUUCUACUGUGAUGGUAUUUUCUUGUUACCUAUGUUGUGUUCAAAUGCUGAAGAAAUACAAUUGGUGAUCAUAUCAUUUUCAGCAUUGAAUUUGAUCUCUUCUUUUCUGGUAGUCCUCGGAUCAUAUGUUCUGAUUCUGAUAGCCAUAUGCCGAAUGCAUUCUGCAGAAGGCAGGAGAAAAGCUUUCUCUACAUGUGGCUCUCAUUUGACAGUGGUUGUGGUUUUCUAUGGUACUCUAUUUUUUAUGUAUUUGCAACCUAAAUCUACUGACUCCUUAGAGAAUGAUAAAAUAGCCUCUGUGUUUUAUACUUUAGUGAUUCCCAUGCUUAACCCCUUGAUAUACAGUUUAAGGAACAAAGAGGUUAAAAAUGCCUUCUACAGGGUAUUAAAGGGUCAAUUUAAAAUUAAUACUUAA